AUGCUCUGCGCAUUCUGCUCAGCGCCCGCAACUCGUUCAAGCGCGUUUCAGCAGCAGCAGCAGCAGCAGCUGAGGCAGAGACAGGCAGCCGGGGGCGGGGAAGGAACUGCAGCUGCUGGUGAUGGUGGUGGUGAUGUAGGAGUAGGAAUGGAAGGGGAGAGGCUGCUAGAAGCGAAGCUGCUGCGUUGCCUGACUAAGGUACACCAGCAGGUGGCUGCUGGCGUGCCUGAGACGAUUGUGGAGGGGGAUGAGGAGGAGGAGAGUGAGGAGGAUGGAGAGGUAAGUAGGCAGAAGGACGGAGCGAGAAACUUGGAGCCUGGCCUUGUAGAUGAAGGGGAAGAAGAGGAGGAGGUUAGUGAGGAGGACAGUGGUGGGGAGGAGGGUGAGGGGGGAAGAGAGCACAAAGAGCUGGGGGCUGAGGAGAUGGAUGAGGAAGAAGAGGGAGGCGAGGAAGCGGAGGAAGAUGGAGAAGAGGGCGAGGGGGAAAUGGGCGAUGAGGGGGAUAUGGAAGAGGCGGAACCUGAGGAUGGGGCAGGUGAAAAGGAUCAGAUAUCCCGCUUGGCGUCUGAUGUGGCGAGGUACAUGGAGAGAAGUAGGCACUCGGGAAGCAAAGCUGGUCAACCGAGUCAACCUAGCAACUCAGUUAGUGGUGGUGGUGGUGGUGGUGUUGCUGCUGCGGAUGGUGCUUUCAGCACUGUUACUACUGAAAGUGUUGGCGAAGGGAUUGGUUCAGGAACAACAGUGGAAGGGGAGAAGGAGGAAGACCUCGGCACUCCCACUAUCUCCAGGCACGCACCAACUCCCACGUGGGGUAGUAGUGCUUCCCCGGCUGCUGCAGCAGCAGGCAUGGGCGGUGGUGGCCUGGGCGGUGGUGGCAUGGGUGGUGGGAACCAGCAGAUUUUGCGGCAGAGAUCCUCAAGCCAUGCUGACAUGCUGAGGGGAGGGCAUGCCAAUAUGCCUUCCCCUGCAUCUAGAGCGGGAACAGCUGCACCUCCUGCAUGUUAUUCACCGCUAGGAGCAGCAGGCAUGGCAGCAGGAGCAGGCGUGGCAGGAGCAGCAGGUGUGUCAGCAGCAGGAGCAGCAGCAGCAGCAGCAGCAGGGGGCACAGGGUUUGGGCUUCAAGCGUCUACCUUGGGAUCUCCACUCCCCAUGCCCGCCUCUCACUCCAGGCUGCAGAAAACCUCCUCAGACGCGCCCAGGAGGCUGCAGGAGCUGCUGCAGUUCAAGAUGGUGCAGAGCGGUGCAGCGGGCGGAGGCAGGGGUGCUGGAGGAUUAGGAGGCGGUACCGGGUCUGCUGUGGCAGCCAGUAUGGUUCAGGGAAGUGUGGACUUUUCUCGGGGGAUGAUGGGGGGAGGGGGUGCGCUGGGAGGGGUUGCGCCGAAUUUUGAGACGUACAUGGUGUCUGUAGGGAUGGAUGAUGCUGCUGCUGCUUCGUACCAAGAUGAUGGCGGGUAUGGCGCUGGAUGUGAAGGCGGUUAUGAUAGAACUGGUUACGGUGACGGUUACGUGGAUGCUUAUCAUGGCGGUUGCGAAGAUGCAGGUUACAAUGAAGGUGGUUACAACGGUGCAGGUUACAAUGCUGGUCGUUACGAUGAUGCCGGUUACCAAAAUGAUGGUUACGAAGACAAUUACAACGGUAGCGGCAUGGGGAGUGAAGAAGCCAUGGGGAUUCAGAGGUCCUUCACAGCAGAUGGGCGAAAUGCCCAGCUGCACUCACAGCUGCACACACCGGCAGCCAAGUCACCUGUUCGAAAGCUGUCGCACACGCUGUGCUCCAGUGUUCUAGCCGAUAUACACAAAUGCGCGUCGAAAAAGCAAACAGGAGUCAGCCUAAAGUACAUGAUGGCACACGGCUCGUAUCCCACGGAGCGUAAUCUGAUCACAGCCGCUCAGUUCCUGCACCACGAGCUCCCCGUGCGACUGGCUCAUCGCGUCACGGAACUCGAGAAUCUCCCAUACGGCCUGUCGGAUAAAGCUCCCAUUCUGAAGGUGCGAGACUGGUACGUGGACUCGUUCAAGGACAUCCACCAGUUCCCGCCCAUUGAGAACGCCAGGGAAGAGAUGCGCUUCACGGAGCUGCUAGACCAGGUGAGGAUGCGGCACAACAACGUGAUGCCGACAGUGGCGAUGGGGGUGAGCGAGCUCAAGAGGGACAUGGUGACCGGGAGCACGAGGCAGGGGCUCGACAGCAUGCCCGAAAUCCACCAGUUCUUGGAUCGCUUCUACAUGUCGCGGAUAGGCAUCCGUAUGCUCAUUGGUCAACACGUCGCUCUCCAUAAACCAUCGCCGCCGCCCCACUAUAUCGGGCUGAUCUGCACCAAGGUAUCGCCAGUGGAGGUGGCACGGAACGCAGUGGAUGAUGCACGGUCAGCAUGCAUGCGCACGUAUGGCUCUGCCCCUGAUGUGCACAUCUAUGGCGACCCCGACCUCAGAUUCGCGUACGUGCCGGCCCAUCUGCAUCAGAUGCUGUUUGAGCUCGUGAAGAACUCGCUGCGUGCCGUGCAGGAGCGGUUCGCCGAUGCCGACCAUGACCCGCCGCCCAUCCGCCUGAUUGUGGCCGAUGGCAUGGAGGAUGUCACCAUUAAGAUUUCGGAUGAGGGUGGUGGCAUUCCGCGCAGUGGUCUACCAAAGAUCUGGACGUACCUCUACACCACGGCCCACUCGCCCAUCGCUGCUGCCAACCAGCUGCACGAGAUGCCCACUGUCAUGGCGGGGUAUGGCUAUGGCCUGCCAAUCAGUCGGCUGUAUGCGCGCUACUUUGGGGGCGACCUGCAGGUGGUGUCCAUGGAGGGCUAUGGCACUGACGUCUAUCUGCACCUCAACCGCCUUAGGAAUGUGCAGGAGCCUCUGCCUUAG